GCGUAAUCAGCAGGAGUGACCGCCAGCCCAGCAGCAGCAGCAGGAGCAGCAGCAGCAGCAGCAGCAGACGUGCGGCGGCUGCUCUGUCCGUUGAACACCAGUAUGAAGAUCCACUCGGAGGUCGAGCAGAGCGGCUGCAGCCGCAGGGUCGGAGAGAGGCAGGAAAACCAGCUGACGUGUCUGCAGUGUCAGGAGGAAACGGUCCGCGUUGGUCCGGGGAGUCCCCGCAGUCCGCGCCGCCCCACCGCGACGCGGCUCUCAUCGGGAUCAGCAGACCGUGAGCCCAGCAGCAGCAGCUACAACCUUUCUUCUGGAACCUUCUACAGCUGCGUCAGUCAGGUUACUGUUGGGUUUGACCUCGGGGGUCAAGUGGCCGUGGAGUUCUCCCACUGGAAGAGUCCGUUCCCAGCGAGCAGUCAGAACCUGGCCAGUCUGGACUGUGUCCACUCCGAGGUCUCUGAGGCUCCGCCCAUCACUGACUACUUGGAGCCGGCGUCCUGUCCAGCGUCCCUGUCUGUCAGCCCCCUCCCCACCUGCAGUGCCAGUCAGGAAACACUGUGUGGCAGCAGCACCAGUGUAAAUUUCUCACCUCGUGGGUCGGGGCCCUCGCGGCCGCUCCUCCACCGACGCAGGGUCCAGCUGCAGCCCACGACCUCCGACCCCCAGGCAGCGGACGGAGCCCUCGCCCCCCCCUCCUGUGGGCAGGCAGCUGUAGUGGAGGACUCCUCUGCUGAAGGCCCAGAGUCCAGCACUCAGGAUGAUGUGCCCCCUCUUGCUCUGAGGGACGUCAACGUGCUGCUGGACAGAGAAAGGUCAGAGGUCAUCGCUUCAUCGUCGGGAGGUCAGGACGACUCCACGCCGUUCAACACCGACACACACAACAGCAUCGCGGACGUCAAUGUGAAGUCCGACAGUGGUCGGUCGGAGGGGGGCAGUAAAUCCAGCGGACUUUGCUUCAGCGAUCGUCAGAGUCCCAUCGACUACAUCCUGGUGUACAGGAAGUCCAGCUCCCAGACGGAGAGGAGGGAGGUGUUUGAGCGGAACAUCCGAGCGGAGGGUUUACAGACGGAGAAGGAGGCGUCUCUAAUCAACAGUGACGUCAUCUUUCUAAAGAUCCACGCGCCGUGGGAGGUUCUGUGUCGCUACGCGGAGAUGAUGAACAUCCGCAUGCCCUUCAGGAGGAAAGUCUUCUUCAAACCCCAGCGUCAGCCGUUCCUGAGGAGAGUGGAGAAGCACGUCACCAAACUCCGAGGCUGGUUUCCCAGCAGGCCCGUGAAGUUUGACAACAGCUCUGUUCCAGACCUGGAGGGAAACCAGAACUUCACCGCUCCGUUCAGCCGCUCCAGGAUCCACCAUUUCAUCAUCACCAACAGAGAGACUUUUUUCAACAACGCCACAAAGAGUCGCAUCGUCCACCACAUCCUGCAGAGAGUCCGCUACGAGGACGGCAAGAACAAGAUGGGACUUCACCGUCUCCUGAACAACAACUGCUACGAGGCCGCGUUCCCUCUUCACGAGGGCAGCUACUACAGUCAGAGCUCCAACAGGACGCAGGCUCAGAACCAUCGACACCUGCUCUACGAGUGCUGGGCCUGGUGGGGGGUUUGGUACAAACACCAGCCGCUGGACCUGAUCAGGACGUACUUUGGGGAGAAGAUCGGACUGUACUUCGCCUGGCUGGGCUGGUACACUGGGAUGCUGGUCCCUGCUGCGCUGGUCGGCCUCCUGGUCUUCCUCUACGGUGUCUUCACCUUAGACCAGUUCCAGGUCAGUAAAGAGAUCUGCCAGGCGACUGACAUCAUCAUGUGCCCCAUCUGUGACCAGUACUGCCCCUACCUGAGACUGUCGGACAGCUGCGUCUACGCCAAGGUCACCUAUCUCUUUGAUAACGGAGCCACUGUGUUCUUCGCCGUCUUCAUGGCCGUGUGGGCGACAGUCUUCCUGGAGUUCUGGAAGAGACGAAGAGCUGCUCUGGCCUACGACUGGGACCUGAUAGACUGGGAGGAGCAGGAGGAUGAAGUCCGACCCCAGUUUGAGGCCAAAUAUUCCAAGAAGGAGAGAAUGAACCCCAUAUCUGGGAAACCAGAACCGUACCAGGCCUUCACCGACAAGUACAGUCGACUGGUGGUCUCAACCUCAGGGAUCUUCUUCAUGAUUCUGAUCGUGAUCGCCGCCGUCUUCGGCAUCGUCAUUUACCGUGUGAUCACGGUCAGCACGUUCGCUGCCUUCGGCUGGGCCCUGAUCAGGAACAACUCCCAGGUGGCCACCACAGGAACUGCAGUCUGCAUCAACUUCUGUGUCAUCAUGCUGCUGAACGUGCUCUAUGAAAAGGUCGCUCUUCUUCUCACCAACUUAGAGCAGCCGAGGACGGAGUCGGAGUGGGAGAACAGCUUCACUCUGAAGAUGUUCCUGUUCCAGUUCGUCAACCUCAACAGUUCCACCUUCUACAUCGCCUUCUUUUUGGGAAGGUUCACUGGUCGACCUGGUUCUUAUCUACGACUCCUCAACCGCUGGAAACUGGAGGAAUGCCAUCCCAGCGGCUGCCUCAUCGACCUGUGUAUGCAGAUGGGAAUCAUCAUGGUCCUCAAACAGACGUGGAACGACGUCAUGGAGCUGGGAUACCCGCUGAUCCAGAACUGGUGGACGAAGCAGCGAAUCAGACGAGAGCACGGGGACCCCACCUUCCCACAGUGGGAGAGGGAUUACAACCUGCAGCCAAUGAACGCCUACGGCCUGUUUGACGAGUACCUGGAGAUGAUUCUUCAGUUUGGCUUCACCACCAUCUUCGUGGCGGCGUUCCCGCUCGCUCCUCUCUUGGCGCUGCUCAACAACAUCAUCGAGAUCCGUUUGGACGCCUACAAGUUUGUGUCCCUCUGGCGCCGCCCUCUGCCGACCCAGGCCAAAGACAUAGGGAUUUGGUACGGAAUUCUGGAAGGCCUCGGAAUCCUGGCCGUCAUCACGAACGCCUUCGUCAUCGCCGUGACCUCAGACUUCAUCCCUCGCCUCGUGUACGCCUACAAAUAUGGACCGUGUGCUGGACAGGGCCGAGCGGGGGGGGGGUGUCUGGUUGGUUACGUCAACGCCAGCCUGUCCGUGUUCCAGGUGUCGGACUUCGAGAAGCGAUCGCGGCCGAAGACGAACGGUUCCGAGCUCCUGGGAGAAGCCGUGCAGUACUGCAGGUACCGGGACUACAGAGAACCUCCAGACGCCACAGAACCGUACUCGUACACGCUGCAGUUCUGGCACGUUCUGGCAGCACGCCUGGCCUUCAUCAUAGUCUUUGAGCACAUGGUCUUUGCCAUCAAGACCCUGAUCUCGUACCUGAUCCCAGACCUGCCCAAAGACCUGCGUGAGCGCAUGCGCAGAGAGAAGCACCUGAUCCAGGAGCUGAUGUACGAGGCGGAGCUGGAGCGGCUGCAGAGAGAGAAGAAGAAGAAGAAGAACGCCCCACCCGACGACGGUCACCGGCCGUAAACACACACACACACACACACACACACUCUCUGGGUGAAGAGCGUUGGUGCACGAUCCUGGAGCCCCGGUCUGGCCUUCUGCUUCAGCCACGUCUAAACAGCACCCCCCAGUGGAGAGUUGACUUCACUCGUCCUCCUGAAAUACAGUGAAAGUUUUAUUCUAUUUUAAACAAGUUGAAGUUCAGCUAAAAUGAAGGUGAAACUUUUUCAGGAGUUGAACUUUGUAAACAAACACGUCUGUGUGACUGAGUAUUGAACCAAACACAGUCAGAGCCACGGGCUGCUCUGACUGUUAACCACGCUGUAGAGAAAUAUUUCCCAUCAAUAAAUGUCUGUUCAAUUCCA